AUGUCUUUGCCGCCAGUCACGGUACAUAUCAAGAGAAAGGCUACGGAUGAGCCGGUAGACUUUCUGCGUGUCCAUGAGCCCCAUGGCAAGCGUCAGCGCAGGGCAACCGACUUCGUUUUCUCUCGUCAACCGAUUCCAGAAACGGGGAGUUUGACCACGCCCCAGUCUCCAGCCCAAACCUCUCGACCAAUUAAACAGAUACACAGAGCUGCCAGCUCCAGAUCACUGUCUGCGAAUCGUAAACAACAAACCCUCCAGCCUGGAUCCUCACAACCGCAAAAUGCCGCACAAUUGGUGUUACCUGUGUUUCAAACAGGCCAGGCCAGUUCUGCAUUGCAAGGCAAUGAUCCCGUUGGAGCCGAUGGAGUAAGUAGGGAGACUCCUAGAUUGUCUCUACAGGCCGCCAAGGUCCGACACUUCCAUAUGUCAAGAAUUUCGAUUCCCACGGAUCCACUAGCACCCCUUCCGGGAGGACAAAUUCGAAAGCGCACAGCCCAGAGUCAUCCUGCCGUUUUUAUGGAGCGCAAGUCCCGUACAAAAGAUUCCAGAACACAGAAACUAUCGUCAGAGGUGCAGGCUACUCAAUCCGCCCUGGAGCAGAACAUCAAUCCGCCCGAACCUCGGCGCCAGAAAAAGCCAGGCUUAGCAGUUAAAGGAUCAGCGGUGUCCAAAAAGGAUGAACACAAGCCCACUCAACCGCCGGCCCCAGCUCAGGCUACAACUCCCGUGCGCUUGCCAUCUGGUAUCAUGAUGCCUUGGGAUGUCAAUUCUGAGCAGCUCGCGGCAGAGAUGCAGGCAUAUACUUUGCAAGAGAUCGGUAGGAAUAUUUCCGAAGCCGACACCUUCCAGUCUAAACCUACGCCCACAACCCCAACAGUAAAAUCUAAAGGCUCGCCAUCUCGGUUCAAGCCAAAGAAACCACUAUUAAGGUACAUGGAACGACAUCCAGAUACGGCUAUGGAAAUUGAUGACGGAACAAACAUGGAGUUGGACCAGCCUUUGAGCGGCGACGAGAUGGAUGAUGACUCGGAAUAUAUCAUUGAUACGUAUGUUCGUAUGCCCGCACAUACCCUGGAAUCAUCAAAUAGCCCGAAGAACAUCGGACUUCUCGUUCUCGACUCUCAACCUGACAUAGACGACUUCUACUUGGACGAAUGGGAUAGCGAUGAAGAAGUCGACGACGAAGAUGAAGAUGAGAAUGCCGAGGACCACUACACCGCUGAUUAUCCUGACGAUGAAGUGGAUUCAGAUGAUGAGUUUGGAAGAAAUCCGUACUCGUACCGGACUCAGAAUGCAUCUGACCUUGAAGAAUUUGAUGAGGACGAUGCAACAUUCAGCGACGACGAGGCGGAUGGUACAAAAUAUCCUUGGGCGAAACAACCAUCUUGA